AUUUUGAAGCAUUAUGGUGAAAAUCCUGACAACUACAGUGAGGAGCUGAAGAAACUUGAUCAGCUCAGACAGUGUGCCGUGAAUGUUACAAGAGACUUUGAAGGAUGUAGUACGUUAAGAAAAUAUUUUGGCCAGCUUCACUAUCUGCAGAGUCGCAUUCCUAUGGGAUUAGGAGAAGAGGCAGCUGUCCCAGUCACGUGGACAGAAAUCUUUUCUGGCAAGACAGUAACUGUUGAUGAGAUCUGCUAUGAACAGGCUUGCAUUUUAUAUAAUCUGGGAGCCCUUCACUCAAUGCUUGGAGCUGUGGAUAACAGAGUGACUGAGGAGGGUAUGAAAGUUUCCUGUACACACUUCCAAUGUUCAGCAGGAGCUUUUUCUUACUUACGGGAUCAUUUCAGUCACUCUUACAGUGUAGACAUGAGUCACCAAAUCCUCAACCUUAACAUCAACCUCAUGCUGGGACAGGCUCAGGAGUGUCUAUUGGAAAAAUCUAUGCUGGACAACAGAAAAAGUUUUUUAGUAGCAAGAAUCAGUGCCCAGGUGGUUGAUUAUUAUAAGGAAGCUUGUCGUGCCCUGGAAAACUCAGAGACUGCUUCACUUAUUGGGAAAUUUCAGAAAGACUGGAAGAAGCUGGUGCAGAUGAAGAUUUAUUACUAUGCUGCAGUCGCACAUCUUCAUAUGGGUAAGCAAUCAGAAGAACAACAGAAGUAUGGAGAAAGACUUGCUUACUUCCAAAGCUCAUUGGACAAGUUGAAUGAAGCAGUGAAAUAUGCAAAGGGCCAACCUGAGACUGUUCAAGAAGCUCUACGAUUUACUAUGGAUGUAAUUGGAGGAAAGUAUAAUGCUGCCAAGAAGGACAAUGAUUUUGUCUAUCAUGAGGCUGUACCACCCCUGGAUUCACUCACCUCUGUAAAAGGAGCAUCUCUGGUAAAAGCCCUUCCUGUCAAUCCAACUGAUCCAAACGUGACUGGUCCUGACAUUUUUGCAAAAUUGGUGCCUAUGGAAGCCCAUGAGGCCUCGUCUCUGUACAGUGAAGAAAAGGCAAAGUUGUUACGAGAGGUGAUGGCUAAAAUAGACAGCAAAAAUGAAGUAUUAGAGCAGUUCAUGGAUUCUUUGAGAAUUGACCCAGAGUCAAUAGACAAUUUAGACAUGUAUAAUCAUAUCCCACCAGUCCUGAUGGAAAAGUGUGCAGCACUGAGUGUCCGCCCGGAUACUGUGAAAAAUUUGGUUCAAUCCAUGCAAGUUCUAUCUGGAGUAUACACUGAUGUUGAGGCAUCCCUGAGAGAGUUUAAGGAUCUUAUGGACCAGGAUGAACUUGCAGAGCAGAAAUUACAAGAGGCCACUGGAAGAAGGGGCACAACAAGCGGAAUAUCUGAACUCAGCAAGGAAUGGUCCAAGUACAUGGAAGUGCAUGAGAAAGCCAGCUUCACCAAUACUGAGCUGCAUAAGGCAAUGAAUUUACAUAUCAGUAACUUACGGCUUUUAAGUGGACCCCUAGAAGAUCUUCGCGCUGCUUUACCAACUCCCACUGUCUCUGACGAGGAAAAGGGCGUUCUCCAGAACAUGAAGCGAAUUUUACUGAAAGUUGAGGAAAUGAGAGACCAGCGUUCCUCACUCAUACAGCAGCUGAGAGAUACCAUUCAGAAGGAUGACAUUACCACAACACUCGUUACAACAGACCAUUCAGAAAUGAAGAAACUUUUUGAAGAACAACUGAAGAAAUAUGAUCAACUAAAAGUUUACAUUGAUCAAAAUCUUGCUGCCCAAGAAAACAUCUUGAAGGCUUUGACAGAUGCUAAUGUCAAAUAUGCUACAGUUAGGAAAAUUCUUGCUGAAGCAGAACAUAAGUGGAACGUUACUAUUCAGAUGCUAGUAGCAUCGUAUGAAGCUUACGAAGACCUGAUGAAGAAAUCCCAAGAAGGAAAAGAGUUCUAUGCAGAUCUAGAAAACAAAGUAACAAGGCUAUUGGAUAAAAUGAAAGACAUCUGCAAAUCUCAGGAAGACCAAAGGCAACUUGUACUGGAGCAGGAAAUGAAAAAGAAGCCGCCACCAAGACCAACAGCACCAAAACCUCUGCAGAAAACUUCUGAUGCAGAACUUGAUUCUUUAUCCAGUAUCGAAGAUAUAGAUAUACGAACUUUUAAUGCAGCUCUUACUUUUAAUGAUCUUCCCAAUGAAUUAAAAAGCUUACCACCAAAUACUUUAGCAGCGCACAUAAAUGGAAUGUCUGUAGAUAGCAUUGGAGCAUAUCCCGCAGAGCCUGUUGUUUUUCCGAGAAUGAGACAUUCGGAGCCAGAGGCUUUUGCAGCUUGUAGGACUACUAGUGCACUGCAACAGCCACCGUUACAUGUUCAACAGUUUCCAGACCCUGCUUCAACAACUCGUCAUGCACAUCCAUAUUUUCAUGGGGGAGUGGUCCCACCACCAGGUUCAGCUGCUGGGAUUGCACAAGGGCCUUACAUGGGAAUCAGUCAUUCGGGGCCUCCUUCAGUUAGUGGUACAUCUGGUCUACCUACUCAAAGGAUGGGUCCAUCUGUGUCCUGCCCAGUACUCCCUCGACAUAUCUCUGCAUCGUCACCACCUCCUCCGUCCUAUCCUGCAGUUACCAUGAUUAGAGAUCCCGUUCCAGCUCAGCCCCGUUUUAUAGCUGGCCAUUUAGCUCCAAGAGGGACUUCACCACAGCACUUGCCAAAUUCCAUGCCUGUUCCCUCUUCAGUGGGUCAUCCCAGUGCUGUUGGUCCUACUGCAUCUUAUGGAUUGGGUCAACAAAUUUCUUCAACUGUACCGGUUAACACUGGUUUGCAUACACCACCUCCGUCUGUUGGGCCUACACUUGCGUAUCCUGGACAAUUCUGUGGUCAGAUACCAGGAGGAAAUAUUGUACCACAACCAAAUACUUCAACCACCACAGUGGAUAGUAUACAGACUCCAAUUUCAAGCUUUACACCAGAUCCACAGUCAGUGAGCGGACAGCUUAAUAGACCGCCAAUCUAUGAUGUGAGAAUGAGACAGCAGCCCAGUAUGCCUUUACCAGGUGCGGCUGGUGUCCCUUCUGGACCUGCAAUGAGGGCAAUUGGUCAAUAUCCAUAUCAUCCUGGUGGCCACCCAUUCAGCCAGCCAUCCCAGUCCCAGUUCACGAAUGUAUCAUCAUUUGCUUGUACUGCCCCCGGGCCACAGCAUAUGUUCCAGCAACCAAAUCAGGUGCACCCAAACCAGGAACUUCACAUUAGGCCUCAAAUACAUACUCAGCAACCUUAUCAAGCUCAGUUUUUUCCACAGGCAAGAUCACAGUUGCAGCCUCAACCAAGACCUCAAAAUACUGCGCAGAUUCCACCCCAUUGUCCAGUCCCACUUUCAGCACAGCCUCAGUCUGAGAUGCAACCACAUUUAAGACCUCAUCUGUAUCAGCAUCCUGCUCAAGAUAAAACUGCUGCACCAGGGAUUCUACCUCAUGCAGGCAACGUUGUUUUUCCAAGCAAUCCAAGUAACCUUCAACCAGGCCAGAACAUUCCUGCUGCAGUGGUUCCACAGUCUCAAAAAUGUCAUACAGUAGCAUCUACUUCAGAGUCACAACCGAUGACAUUGCUGCCUGGAUCCUCAGCUCAAGGGGUCUCGUCCAUGCCAUUCUCCUCUCCACCACCUCAUCUGCGUGCUGGGCCACAAUCUGCAAUUUUACCAAAUCAAGUUGGAGGACCUCAGCCUGUCUCAACCGGUCAUCAUGCUGCACGUUCAAUCCAGCCUGUGCAAAGUUCAACAGUUGGCCAAAUGCCAGCCAGUGCUAUUGUAUCUGGAUCCCCACUGCCACCUGCACCAGCUCCUUCCCCACAGCCUCCACAAGGGCAGGUUGGUACUCUUCCUGCUGCAUUAUUGCCCACUGCAAUGGCUGGAUCUACAGUCUUACAGCAGAGACCACCACCAUCUCUUACACCUGGAGCAACAGCACCUGUUUCUGAAGUACCUUUUCAGAGGCAAAACUCUUCAACCGACGAUCUUUUGUCAUCCAGUCCAGAUAGCCAGCAUGGAGGGCCCCAGACUACAGUGACUCAGCCUCUUCUCCUGCCUACCAAAGUCGACUCGAAGGAAGGGCAGAAACCAAAGGGAAUUCAAAUCAUAGAGAAAGAUCCAUAUGAGAAGCCAGAGCAUGUAAGAAAGUUGUUGACGGAAUUGGAAAGCUUUAAGACUGUUGUUGACUCCAUGGACAGGCCCUCAUAUGGAACCUUGACUGAAUUGGAUUGUAAAUGGAAGGACUUGCAGGAUGCUCAAGAAAAAGAUGUCAGACAGUUGUCAAUCGCUGUUGCUCGCUGUUACACCAUGAAAAAUCGUCAUCAGGAUAUCAUGCCUUAUGACAAAAAUAGGAUUAUAAUCCAAUCAGGAAAAGAUGACUACAUCAAUGCUAGUAUGAUUGAGGACUUAUCCUCUUACUGUCCAAGAAUCAUAGCUACACAGGCUCCAUUGGUGGGAACUGCAGCAGACUUCUGGCUAAUGAUUUAUGAGCAAAAAGUGUCACUCGUGGUUAUGCUGGUCUCUGAACAGGAAGUAGAAAAGCAAAAGGUAAUCCGUUACUUCCCAACAGAGCGAGGCCAGCAAAUAAUACAUGGGCCUAUCACUUUGACCCUGACAACACAGAAAAUAACACAGACUCACGUGGAGCGGAUGAUUGGUCUGCAAUAUAGAGACCAGAGCCUGAAGCGAACAAUCAUUCACUUACAGUUUACAUCGUGGCCUGAACUGGGUUUGCCGGACAGUAAAAGUAAUCUGCUGCGUUUUAUUCAAGAGGUACAUGGGCACUACCUGCAUCAGCGUCCACUUCAUACACCAAUUGUUGUGCAUUGCAGCUCUGGAGUUAGAAGGACCGGUGCUUUCUGUCUUGUCUAUGCUGCUGUACAAGAAGUAGAGGCUGGUAAUGGAAUCCCUGAUGUGCCUCAGAUUGUGCGGAAAAUGAGACAGCAGAGGAAGCACAUGCUCCAAGACAAGCUCCACCUGAAGUUCUGUUAUGAAGCCAUUCUUAAUCAUGUGGAGCUUGUUCUGCUGAGGCAUGGAGUUAUCACUACUUUUUCCAGCAAAAUACCAAGCAGUUCAUCUCAAAAGGUUUAUACCCGCCAAGAAUCCCAGGAUUUAGUUCUUGGAGGUGAUUUACCAAUUAGUUCCAUCCAGGCCACCAUUGCAAAGCUCAGCAUCAAGACAUCUGCUGGGACCAUUGGAGAUGGCAGACUGAACUCUCUGCCUUCAUUUGAUCCAAGCUUUGAUAUUUGGUCUGAUUCGCAGACUGAUACCAUACCACUGUCUAAUGAUCUGCUUCAGCAGGACCUCAAGGUUGAGGUCACUAGUGCAGUGGCAGAACCAACUAUACCAUCACAGAUGACACCAUCAAGUCAGUCAGCUGUUGAAACAAACAAUGUCAGCUCAGGGAGUUGUGAUACAACCCGAGAGUUGGAUGAAAUGAAAGUGAACGUAGGAGAUUGUCCAGUUGUUUUACAGCCGGCCUCCACGAACCCCAUAACAAACGCAGACAGCAAGACCACCUCACUGGAUCUUUUGGCAUCCUUAACUGCAGAGACCUUCACCCUAGACACCAAUCCCCGGAACAGGCAGAAAAUUAGCAAGCACAACUUCUUGCAGCCCCAGGAUGGCCAGGGCCUGCAGGCUACUCACACUGGUGAAGAUCCUUUGAAUCUUCUGGAUCCGUUGUGGACUCUAAAUAAAACAUGAUUAGUCGGUCUGAGAUCUCCCAGGAUAAUGAACAUGAGUCCUUGUGAUUUGGAGAUGCAUUUUUUAAAGAAGGGGACAGGGCGACAGAAAACUUGAUCAGCCUUCAUUUGAAUUUCUACACAAUAGGGACAGAUUAAAACUGCAAGCUAGUUGCAUGUAAACUGGAAAGAACAGUGCCCAGGCUUGUAUCAUAACCAAUUUCUGAAUGUACAAAAAUCAAGAUUCCUUUUAAACCUAGUAUUAAUGCAGAUGGUAGUAAAUUCUUGCUUACUUGUUUGAUUAUAUUUAAACCACUGUUUCCAAUGGUUGAUGUAUGUUUACUUGGUCUGUUAACAAAGGGGUUUUAUGUUGUGACCAACUCCAGUUUAGGAUGUGCUUCAGAAAUCUCUCUCAAAAACGAUAGCCUGGAAAGCCAGUGUGUCCUCCUUUUUUGACCUGUGGAGGUUGAACCCACUCAGUGCUUAUUCUUGCUGUUUGUGUGGUCUGUUUGACCCAUAGCUGUACUGCCAGUGCAUUUUGAUAUUUUGCCCAUUGGCCAUGCAGCUGGCCCUUGUUGAUCCAGAUCUCUUCCUGUUGAGCAUCUUAGACGUUGUGUCUUCAUGGUUUUUGUCCUCCCCAUUACUUAGCCAGCCAGCUCUACCUUGCAGUAGAUUCUCAGUAACUCAUUUUAUUUGGAGUGUUGUUGGAUGACAUAGCUUCAUUGAUUUCCCCUGAGUUUUCUCAAAUACUGUUCCUGAACAGACCUGUACUCUGGUGUGGUUCUGUAGUUACUGGCCAUCCUACAGUACUUCACCCAUCUGUGUCUUUUCUAUUUUGAGUUUGGUCAUUGAGUGUCUGCAGUAUGUAUAAUUGAGUCGGUUUCAAUCAUUUCUGCUGGGGUGGUGCUUCCCAAUUGAUGGAUCUGUGUUUCACCUCUCUCGUGUUGUUGGGUUAGCAAUCAUGCUGCUUUCUCCUUUUGUCAGGUCUGCCCCACAGCAAAACUAUUUAAAGGCAGAAACAAUUUCAGCUCAGUUUAUACCACUAGCACUAAGCCACAGUUAUAUUUUGGAAGUCUACUGGGGCCUUCCUUUUAUAUGAGGGAACAUUCCAUGCUGAUCAGCUCACUGUUGAUUUGUGAUUUUCUUCAGAUCAAUGACCUGUCUGUACCAUCAGCUUUGGAAUGUGCAGAAUCUUGCAGCCUCAUUCCAAUGACUGAGUCAAUUAUUUGUCUGCUCUUAGAUUACCUUUCUUUCGUGGUGAUGUUUGUUGCUGCCAAGAAUCUGUUGUUGUUUCAGUUCCAACUCCUGCUGCCUCAGCCUGAGUUCCACUCAGUUGCCACAGGGCCCAAACUAAACAAUGUCAAAGCCUGACUGAGAUUCAGUGCAGUUCCACUGCCUAACUUGCAUAUAUUGUUGAUCCAGGAUUUGCUGAGCAUCGUUCAGUCCUGCCUUCCUUGCAAGGAGCCUCUGGACUGACCCUAUGGUUUUUCUGUGCACAUUGAUAUAUGAUGGAUGCAUUACAGUGUCAGAUUUGAUAGUAUGGAAUGCUGCUGAAAUGUAGUGCUAUUUUCUUAACCAUGGAAACAAGUUUAUUUCUAUUGUUAGGAAAAAAAAACAUCAGAACAUUGUGCUACCAAAAUUAAUGAAUUUAAGGUAAGAUUAAUGGCCAGGGUUUUAAAAUGCACUAUUAAGGGCUAUGAGUAAGUUAACAGUAAUUCACUUGAAUGGCUUAGUUUUGAAUUGUUGUCAGAAACCAAGUAUGUUAUCCAUAACUGGAUAUGCAAGUUGGCAGUCACCUGAGAAGAGUAGGAAAUGUAUCUUGGAUAUUUGAGUGCUGUUAAAUAAUUGGCAGCUGAGCUGGUAUAUUACUGCUUUCCCUUUCGAGCAAUGAAUAUGCAGAGUUGUCUAAAAGCUAAAACCAACAUCAGUUACUAUUCUUCUAACAAUGGGACUAAAUCUUUAAGUGUACAGGAAGCCUGAAUUGCUUGACUCUUGCAUUUUAACCCUCCUGUUAUUCCUUCAGCUGUCCAGCAGAUGGUAGUCUGUGAUUAGCACUUUCACCCUUUUUUGAUGGACAUUAAAAUUCCUAAAGUACACUUAAAAUAAUCAAUUUAAGAUUUGGCUUUCCUUCUCCUUGGGCCAUUGUGUAUGAUCUCAAACCUAAUACAAUAGGUAGUCUCUUUUCGGUCUUGCGCUACCUUUCAUACAUUGUGUGCAGCAUUGUUUUCCACAGUCCCUAGCAGUGUUAACCAUUACAAGGCAAAUACUGAAGCUCAAGCUAGGUGUGUUAAUAAUUCCAUAAAAAAUGAAAAGUGGAAGAAGAACUGGUAAACAGAGUACUUUACAUUUGGCCAAUGUCCUGUUUAAAUGUGGAUAGCAUAUGCUUUGAUUGCAGUAAAAUAAAAUAUUGAUAGUCAAAUGAAGGAAGCAUAUCUCAAGAUCUGUGCAGAAUUGAAAUAAUAAAUUGGGUUAAUUUUUUUUGGAGAAAUGUUAUAGAUAAACAAUGAAUCACAUGCAAAAUAUACUGGGUGACAUAAAAUACAAAAUGCUGGAAACACUCUACAGGUCAGCCAACAUCUGAUUCAAAGAAUCAAUAUCUGAAUUACUAUCUUCUUUAAAUUCUUCAGAUUUCAAGAAGCUGCAAGUUUUUUGUUUCUGUUGUUACUGUGGACAAAAUUGUCACAUUCUACCAUGAUGUAAAUUAUAUUUAAUCAUUUCACUAACAAAUCCUACCUACAGAGGAUUAGAGCGUGAGGCAAGAACAGUUAAUUUCAGCCAGUCUCCCCUUAUAAUUGGUUGUACUGGAAACAUACCUCAUUAACUAAUUGAACAUUCUGUCCUUCAUACCUGCAUAUGUACAGACUGUGAACUUCAUGGCUACAGAAAGUUUAGAUCCACAUUUAGUGAUUUAUAUGCACCCCAAUGUGCCAAUAUUUAUCAGACCUUUCUUUCAUAUUGAUGUUUGUUGAUUUUAUGAUUCACAAUUUUUUCCACUCAUUAACCUGUGCAAAGAACAGCUAUUCUAAACCUCCUGGCCUAUGAAGUUUAAACAAGAAUAACUUGUGCAAGACAAGGGUGAAAAGAUUCAAUUACCCAGAAUUGAAGGACCGGAUUUCCAGAGCUCGACAUAUCAGUUAACAUUGUUGCCUUUCCUCCCCUUUCCCCACCCAGCUUUGUAUUCUAAUUUCUCUAAAGUAGUUUUCCUGUAAAAUGACACUUUUAUUUACAAAGUAUGUUAUUAAUUGUCAAGCUAUUCUCGUCUUUUUCCAAGUUUACAAUUGAGUUAAAACCACUCAUGGAUGGUACAGAGCCACUGAAUACAUUAUAGGACAGACUGAAAAACAGUAUGUAUUAUGAAUGAUUGUAUGAAUGAAUGUUGCUGGUGGUAGUGGCAGGAGUCUGGGGGACGAGGGAUGGAAAAUAAAACCUCUGCAUUCUGCAACUUGAGUAAAUAACCUGGAACCAUAUUGUGUCCCAAGAUUACCAGACUGUCAACAGACAGAAAUUGAUCCCACUUCUCCUUUGCUAAUCCUCAAUUAGCCUCUGCACAUCAAGGACAAUUGAAAGAGCACAACCAUGGGACUUACCUGACACGUCACUUUCCCUACAGAAACAGGAGAACUUGUUUUAAGUUUACAUUUAUUGAGAUGUGCCAUCAUUCUGUUAAGCAAUUAGAAUUUGAUUUCAUUCCACAAGUUGGAGUAAAGUUGCCAACAUUGGGAAAAAUCAAUUUGAACUACCUGCUGACAUUAUUUCCGUGGCUUAGAACAUAGUUCAGUAAAAUUUGGCUAGUCUAGUCCAGAUAAACACUUCAAUUUUUGUCAUGUGAGAGUGCACAGUAACAGUUUUAGAUGGGGAGGGCAAUAGAAUGGAGAGAGAGGAAAAGAUAGUGUAGUUGGGAUGGGUGUUGUUGGAAGGAGGAAGCUUGCACCCUAACACUGAAUCUGAACUGGCAUCUGUAUUGCAAACUAUCAGCUCAUUAUGACCAAGUUCACAACGAGCCAUGCACUUCAGCUUUGCACAAAGGAAAUUCUACAUUAAACAGGAGUUGGCUGAGGAAUCUUUAUUAACUGGUUUAAUUUUAAUUUGUAAAAGAUAUUUGAAAAUGUUUCUUUGUUUACAGCUCUCAACCAUCCUCCCUUAAAUCCUUGUUCUUUUAGACACACUAAUCCCACUCCUUACCUUCUGAAGCGUGGAGUUCUAUGCUAUCAGUGCAGCAAUGAGUAACAUUUUUGUGAUUCAGCGUCUUAGUUUAGCAUAUAGUGAUGGCAGAGGGGGGUUGUGGGGCUUUGAGAUGAUUGAUCUUUUGCAUGUGUACAUUAUCCAAUAACAAACACUAAAUUUCAAUUGUACAUUCAACUGUAAUAUAAUUGUGCUAUAAAUAACUAUUUGAUUA